AAUUCUGUAUAACCUCCAACAACGAAGUGUAAUUUUGUGACGAUUAAAGUGCGUUUGCUAGUGAACGUUGUUAAUUUUUUAAUAAAACAAAUAAAUUAACUUAUAUUAAAUAUUUGAUUGCAGAUCGAGAAUUGUAAACGAUGGCUACUAAAUCGAAACGCGCCGGAACCGCCACACCCCAACCGCAGCCGGGUGGAACAUCAACCCCGAUAAUUCCUGGUGCUAAUCGCUCUGCCAGCCCAUUAAGUCCUACGCGACAUUCGCGUCUACAAGAAAAGGCAGAGUUGCAGAAUCUUAAUGAUCGUUUGGCCUGCUACAUUGAUCGUGUACGUAAUUUGGAAACUGAAAAUGCCCGCCUCUCAAUUGAGGUGCAAACGACGCGUGAUACUGUCACCCGUGAGGCUACCAAUAUCAAAUCGAUGUAUGAAAACGAAUUGAGUGAUGCGAGACGUUUGCUGGAUGAAACUGCACGCGAAAAAGCAAAAUUGGAAAUCGAUACUAAGCGUCUGUGGGAUGAGAAUGAGGAGCUGAAGGCUAAAUUAGAUAAGAAAACAAAAGAUUGUACUUUCGCUGAAGGAAAUGCCCGCAUGUAUGAGUCACGCGCUGCUGAUUUGAGUAAUAAGUAUAGUGCCGCUAAUGCAGAUCGCAAAAAGGCUGUCGAUGAAUUGAAUGAGGCUGUCAAAGAGCUGGAACGCUUGCGCAAACAAUUGGAGGAGGCUCGCAAACUCUUGGAAGAAGAGACAUUAGCACGCGUCGAUCUAGAAAAUAAUGUACAAAGUCUACGCGAAGAGUUGACAUUCAAAGACCAGAUACACGUGCAGGAAAUGAAUGAAACACGCACCCGUCGCCAGGUGGAAAUUAGUGAAAUUGACGGACGUUUGGUCGAACAAUACGAAGCCAAAUUGCAACAAUCGCUACAAGAAUUGCGUGAACAAUAUGAAGGUCAAAUGCGCGCUAAUCGCGAAGAGAUAGAAUUGCUGUAUGAACAAAAAAUGAAAAAUCUACAAUCGGCAGCCAAUCGCAAUUCCAAUGCAGCUGCAAACGCUAUCGAAGAAUUGCGCACAACACGUACACGCAUAGAUGCGCUAAACUCACGCAUUGGUGAGUUGGAGUCGACCAACGCAGCGCUAACGGCGCGCAUACGCGAGUUGGAGCAAUUGUUGGAUCGCGAACGUGCACGUCACAAUGCGGAUAUAUCGAAUUUGGAGGCAGAAUUACAGCGCUUGCGCGAUGAAAUGGCACAACAAUUGCAGGAGUACCAAGAUUUAAUGGAUAUCAAGGUAUCGCUAGAUUUGGAAAUUGCCGCUUACGAUAAACUGCUGUGUGGCGAAGAGUCACGUCUCAACAUUACACCACAUUCGUCCACUACAUCCGGUUCGUUUAGUCAAAGUUUACGCGGCACCCGUGCUACCCCUAUACGCAAGACACCAUCACGUGGCGCCUCCACAGUGCCGCUGAAAAGAAAACGCACCGUCGUCGAUGAGUCCGAGGACCUUAGUCAAUCUGAAUAUUUUGUAACUGGCAGCGCAAAAGGCGAUAUUGAAAUUGCCGAUGUCGAUGCGGAGGGUAAAUACGUGAAAUUGCACAAUAAAGGUAACAAGGAGGUACAAAUCGGCGGUUGGCAACUGAUACGUACCGCAGGUAGUAAUGAAACCGCUUUCAAGUUUCAUCGUACCGUCAAAGUUGAUGCCGGUGCAGUGAUAACUGUAUGGUCUUCCGAUGCUGGUGCGACACACGAACCGCCAGCAAAUAUUGUGAUGAAAACACAAAAAUGGUUCGUUGGCGACAAUAUGAAGACAUCACUGUUCAAUGGUGAUGGUGAGGAAGUGGCCGGCUCAGAACGCGUAAAACGCACAAUUGUGAAGCACGCAUCACGUCAUCGCUCCUAUGGCAGCCGUUUGGGCGUAUCAACAGUGGAUGGUGUCGGUAAUGAGGAACUAUAUCAUCAGCAAGGUGAUCCGCAGCAGGGAGAUGAAAAGUGUCGUUUAAUGUAAACAUGUAGGUGUGCAGAACAAAUUAACUCCUAAUAUAUAAAAUUACUACAAAAGAUUACUAUAUAAAUAUAUAUUUUUAAUGUUCUUUAACUGGUUGAAAAACAUUUCAAAAGUAAAGGCUUCAAGCGAGCGCAGACCAAGAAUUAAAAAGUAAAAAACAAUAACAACAACAAUCACAACCAUGUCUAACCGAAAAACUCCUGCAGCAGCACACAAGUACAUAGAUACAAUAUGCAAUUAAAUUCGCAUACACACACUUGCAUAUAUACAUGCAGUCACGCGUGUCAUGUGCGCUGACGCUAAAAACUACUCAACUCUGCUUGCCACCAUUCAUAUGUUUGGAAUUUUCAAAUAUAAUUGCCGUUCUUUAAUUUCUCUCAUAACUACAUACAUACAUACAUAUAUUUCUAUUUUUUUUAACAUUAUGCUAUAGUAUCGCCAGCAUCUAGGUCCUAGUUUAAUUGCGCUAAUUGUAACCGUUUUUUUUACACAUACAUACAUAUAUAUUUGAAUUACUUAAAUAUUGUGGCAUUAAUUUUGAACAAUUUGAGCUUGCAAAAAAAUAAAGGCUUGAAAAAAAUCAACAAAAACGUGCACUGUUGUGUUAAGAGAAAGCAAACACAUAUUUAUUCCAUAUCUGUUAUGUGUGGUGUGUGUGCAUUAGCGUUCACUGUAAUUCGAACUGAAUCAUAAAAUCAAUCAAAGAGUACAAGGAAAGCGCACAUGCUUUUCUGCCAUAAUUACUAACAGUAUAAAUUUAUUUAUUUUUUUCUUGCUUUAAAAAUGUACAAAUUUAUGGUUAUAGUUUCUGGAUGUUUGGAACAUUGAGGUACAAAUACAAAAUAGACACACAAAACAAAAAAAGACUCGAAAAUUUCGCAACAAAUAA